AUGCCGCGACCCAAAAGCGACCAAGAGAUCCAGCUGGGCUGGGGUGACUUGCAAUGGAAUUUCAUGAGAUGGUUCGACGCUAAAUCGGCGGAAAUCGCUCAAUGCUACCGGCCGGGUGCUGAUUGGGACGCAUUCGACCAGUUGGUGGCUAAGGAUUUCCCCGAAGAAGCGCAUCAAGAGGCUUUCCGUGUCUGGUCUGACGAGUGGUUGAGCCGCCGCACUCAGAGGAUGGCAUAUAGGAUGGAGCCGAAGGAAUUCAUUGCUCAACUCAUGGCGACCAACUUCACAGACAACCAAUCAACUAGCGAACUUUUGAAGACUAUCGCCUUGUACCCCAUGCCUUGGGUCCCUAUUGGUACAUCCCAGUUCGGAGGUGUCCAAACCUUUUACGCAUUCGAGCCCCAGGUCGACUAUCUUGAACCCGAUCAAGUGGAGUCUGGUCCAGAUGUCGUUGGCAGAUACAUUCUCACCAUGAAGCUCAAGUCUAAGACUCGUGCUGCGUCUGGCCUCGCGCCAGCUUCAGCUUCGAGCAGCGUGUUCAAUCCUAGCACUAGAUCAAUUUCUGAUGGCGAAUAUGUCUUUUCACGCCCACGCUCUUCUACCCCUUCUCAUAUGCUCCCCCGCAAAGAGCAUGCCGAAAAAGCGCCUGAUAAGGAUGAAUAUCUUGUAUUCGCUCAGAUCGGAACUCUCCGCGUUUAUGGGGGGCCAUGCAAAGACGCAGUUCCGGAGAACCUUCCCACCAUCUACCAAGGCCUCUGGUGGUCAAACGGAUUUGCCGUUGUUGUUGAAGUUGACAGAAAAGGCGGGCUUGGAGCAGUCUAUGUCGUCUAUAAUGAUUGUCCUCUGAAGGACGAGGACGAGGAGGAGUAUGAUGAGGAGGAGUAUGAGGAGUAUGCCGGUCCAUCAGAAGAGUACAUCACGGACACAGAAGGAGUAGCCGCAAAUCAUGAGCCUGGAAAGCUUCACCCUGAGUGUAACGAAAAGUUCAAGGUGGCCAGGAUUGCAGAUUCAUUGGAACGCCUUGGGGAUCUUCAAACCAGGUUCGUCUUUGAAGAGAUCACCAAGGACAAACGCCCAAUUUAUUACACAAGGAUCAUGACGGACAAGGUACUUGGGCGGUUCAUCCUUCAUGCUAAAGAUCCAGCGUAG